CUUGAAUCGUUACAAUUCUACAAUGUCAUUAUCAACAUCUUUAUCACAAAAUCCAUCCGACUUAUCGUUAUCUUAUUUAAAAUCAUUAAAAAAUGUGGAAGAUAUCCAAGAAUGCUUGAGAAUUUUGGAUUUAGAAGAAAAUCAGGUUGACGCUAAUUUAGAUGAAUUAUUGGAAAAAGGGUCACAACUCGAAACUGAAUUGGAUAAAUUGAAAAUUCUCGGACCCCAAUUAGAUACUCUUCUCUCUCAAGCUGCAAGCCUAUUAAAUACAAUCAAUGCCACUUCAACCGUAGCAGAACGUAUAAGCGCUCAAGUCCGUCAGCUAGAUCUUGAACAAUCCAGAGUUCAACAAUCAAUCAAAGAAGUUGAAGAUGUUCAAGAAUUAAAGCAAUGUAUCACUGGCGUUCAUCAAGCUCUUUACAUGAAAGAUUAUGAAACUGCCGCUUCUUAUGUGAAUCGCGCUUUUCUUCUUGAUCCUGCUAUUUUGGAUGGUGAAUUCGCUGAUAUUGCUGUACCUUCAUCUGAAUAUCCUGACGUACCAAAAAAGACGUUAAAGGAUGUUAAGGAAAGAUUGUAUGUGAUUUUUUCGAAAGAAUUCGAGGCUGCUGUACAGGCAAGAGAUGAAAAUGGUAUCAGUAGAUUUUUUAAAUUGUUUCCAUUGAUUGGUAAAGAGAUAGAAGGGUUGGAUAGGUAUUCAAAGUUUGUAUGUGGGAUUAUUGCGGGAAAGAGUCAUGCAAAUUUGGCGGAAAUUG